AUGAUCAACGCUACAGUGGAUGGGUUUGCCAGGUGUUGCAAGCCUUCCGCACCACUGAUUACGACCAUCAAUCGGGAUAUCAUUAUCAUGAAAACAUUCACUUCUACUCUCCUCACUUUGGGCUCCGUGAGCACCAUCGCCACUGCGGUCGCCAUCGACUUCUACGCCAACAGAGGAUGUGGCAUCUUCAGCUAUAGUAUUGACACGCCUUCCGAAAUUGGAUGCACCACUCUUCCAGAGACUGUCUCUGGCUUGAUCCUUAGAACGGACAUCCCAGACGGCAACUGCUUGAUUAAUCUCUUCAACGAUGAGUCCUGCAUGGGCAAUUCGGUCCAGAACUUCUUGAACGGAGACACACAAACGGCGAGCUUUAUGCUUACGCAGCGGUAG